UUAGCUGUCAGUAGUGUUCCAGUUGAGACAGAGAGAGAGAGAGAGGAACCGAACCGAUACCGAACCGAGUUCAGCACAAGUGGAGACUUUUACCGGUUGCAGGUUUGUUUUAACUUCUUCGUGUCAGUGCUGUGGUUUGGAAAAUAAACACAAACAGCUGGAGGACAGCUUAAUAUCCAGAACUGGGAUAGGUUACUCUAGACGAGGACGUGUAUGAUGAUGGGGAACCAGGGUAUGCAGGACCUGAUUCCAAUGGUGAACCGACUCCACGAGGCAUUCAGUGUCCUCGGGCGGACCUGCAGUCUGGAUCUGCCGCAGAUCAUUGUGGUGGGUGGACAGAGUGCGGGCAAGUCCUCCGUCCUGGAAAACUUCGUGGGCAGGGAUUUCUUACCAAGAGGCUCAGGGAUUGUCACUCGAAGACCACUUGUGUUACAGCUAAUCAGCUCCAGCUCAGAGUAUGCCGAGUUCCUGCACUGUAAAAAGAAGAAGUUUACAAAUUUCGAUGAAGUUCGACAAGAGAUCGAAGCAGAGACAGACAGAGUUACAGGAGCCAAUAAGGGCAUUUCCUCCAUUCCUAUCAACCUGCGUGUUUACUCACCAAACGUUCUUAACCUGACUCUAGUAGAUUUGCCAGGCAUCACUAAGGUUCCCGUCGGGGAUCAGCCUCCAGACAUCGAAUACCAGAUCAGAGACAUGAUCAUGCAGUACAUUUGCCAGGAAAACUGCCUCAUCCUAGCUGUCACUCCUGCAAACAUGGACCUGGCCAACUCGGAUGCCCUCAAACUGGCCAAAGAUGUCGACCCACAGGGUCAGAGGACCAUUGGCGUCAUCACUAAACUAGACUUGAUGGACGAUGGGACAGAUGCCAGAGAUGUGCUGGAGAACAGGGUACUUCCCUUACGCAGAGGUUACAUUGGAGUGGUGAAUCGCAGUCAGAAGGACAUCGAGGGGAAGAAGGACAUCAGUACGGCUAUCACUGCAGAGCGGGUGUUUUUCCUGUCUCAUCCAGCUUACAAGCACAUGGCCGACCACAUGGGCACACCUUACCUGCAGAGGGUCCUCAACCAACAACUGACCAAUCACAUCCGGGAGACACUACCAACGUUCCGUAACCGGCUGCAGUCUGAACUAUUCUCACUGGACAAAGAGGCUGAUGAAUACAGACACAUGAACCCUGAUGACCACUCACGCAAGACCAAAGCACUGAUGCAGCUAAUCCAGCACUUUGGGCUGGACUUUGAGAAGAUGAUUGAGGGCUCUGGUGACCAAGUGGACACAGUUCAGCUCUCAGGAGGAGCCAAAAUCAAUCGCAUCUUUCAUGAGCGCUUUCCCUUUGAGCUCAUCAAGAUUGAGUUUGAUGAGAAAGAGUUACGACGUGAGAUAAGCUAUGCCAUCAAGAAUAUUCAUGGGAUCAGGACAGGCUUAUUCACUCCUGACCUGGCAUUUGAGGCCAUUGUGAAGAAGGAGAUAGUGAAGCUUAAAGGCCCGUGUAUUAAAUGUGUUGAUAUGGUCAUCCAGGAGCUCAUAGCCACAGUGAAACAGUGCAUCAGCAAGUUAGGGACCUUUCCAAAGCUGCAGGAAGAGACAGAGAGAAUAGUGACCACACACAUUCGGGAACAAGAGACUCGAACCAAAGACCAGAUUUUCCUUUCAAUAGAAAUUCAGCUUUCCUACAUCAACACCAAUCAUGAAGACUUUAUCGGAUUCACCAAUGCACAACAGAGAAAUAAUCAGAUUACUAAAAAGGCUUCCACAUGGAACCAGGGUGCUGCACCUCCGCCUCCCAGUCAAAUUGUGAUCCAAAAAGGCUGGCUGACUAUCAACAACCUUAGUUUGAUGAAGGGAGGGGCCAGAGAGUACUGGUUCCUGCUGACUGCAGAGAGCCUGUCCUGGUUUAAAGAUGACGAGGAGAAGGAGAAGAAGUACAUGUUGCCUCUGGACAACCUGAGAGUGCGCUAUAUGGAGAAGACUUUCAUGUCCAGCAAACAUGUCUUUUCCAUCUUUAACAUAGAGCAGAGGAACGUAUAUAAGGACUACAGGCACCUGGAGCUCGCCUGCGACACACAGGAGGAGGUGGACAACUGGAAGGCCUCACUGUUGCGCGCUGGAGUCUAUCCUGAGAAAACAACAGCAGAUGGUGAGAGCUCAAUGGUGGAUGAGAACUUGUCCAUGGACCCACAGUUGGAGAGGCAGGUCGAGACCAUCCGCAACCUGGUGGACUCUUACAUGAGCAUUGUCUACAAGAGCAUCCGAGACCUGAUUCCCAAAACCAUCAUGCAUCUGAUGAUCAACAACGUGAAAGAGUUUAUCCACUCAGAGCUGCUGGCUCAUCUCUACUCUUUAGGAGACCAUUCAGCUCUAAUGAACGAGUCUCCGGAACAGGCUUUGCACAGAGAACAUGUGUUGCGGACUCACUCAGCCCUGAAGGAAGCGUUGUCCAUUCUCAGUGAGAUCUCCACUUCUACCCUGUCCACCUUGUUCUCAGCCUCUAUAGAAGGUCCCAGACUACCGACCAGCAUCACUGGUGACCUCAGCUCUCCAUCAAUCAUCUGUGCUCCUAAGAAGACUUUGUCUUGUCCUAGUCCUCAAACCCGUGGUUCUGCUCCUCCUGCUCCUCGCAUCCUGCUUCACCCAUCUCGUUCUGCUCCUGCUGUCCCCAAAGGCCUGAAGAAAAAAGAGUCCUCUCAAACACUGACACGCCCUAACCGAUCUGCUCCCAGCAUACCCAGUACAGACUGCCUCCAUCCCCUUCCCCCUCUCAUUCGUUGGAUGGUGGAAUCCAGUCAGCACCAGCUGAGACAGCCUCCAGCGGUGCCUUCGCAAAAACCACACGAAGUCGAGACAAUCCCAAAUACAAAAGGAUUGAGGACUGAGUGAGAACUAUAUCAUUUCUGCCAAAAACGUACCAAGAGUUUGUUCCAGCUUAUCUUCAAUGAGAGUUUCAAGGUGAUACACUUGGGCUGUAUCCAAACCCACCUUCUAAUGUACUUAGUAUUCUGUAAAAAUAGCAGGAGCAGAUCACAGCUGGUUUUCACAACACUGGUCAUACUGUGUUAGUAUGCGUUUUCUGGUGUAGCCUGAAGUCUACCACCUCUAAUGCCACACCCUUACUCUUAAACAUGGUUCUAGAUGAACUGACACGAACUACGAACAAACUCAAGUCAGGCCGGUGAGGCUCAAGGCUCGAGUGGUCACUGGUCAGCAAUAUUCCGCAAUAUGUUUUAUUCCUUAUGCUGUUUAUUCUUUACUUGCAGUCAGACUUUUACUGAAACCUGUCCUGUUCUGUAUAAAAGUCUUCAUCUGUUUGCGUUGCGUGUUGAAUAUUCUGUUGGGUGUACGUGUUUAGGAGAGAGAGAAUGUGAGUGGUGUGUAUGUAUAUGUGUAUAUACACACAAACUAAAAUGAUUUUCAUUCCAACUUCCUCCAAAAAGAAAGGUUCAGUAAGUUUUGGAGUCAUUUCACAUCAUCAGGGUAGUGGUGGAUCCGGAGUCUAUCCUGCUAACACUCAUCGGAAAGCAGAUGAGAUGCCAGUCCGUCGUAGGACAUCACGCUUCUGAGUGAACCCAUGACUCUGGAGCUGUGAGGUGGUAAACGAUACACUACACUGACAAACAGAGACACUGUGCCACCCAGAAUAAUUUCUCUCUGAUUAACAGCAACAUUACUUCAGUUAUCGUCUGGCAAUUAAACUGGGAGAUGGACACCAUCCUUUCUUUUAUCUUCCAAGUGAUCGUCUGAUGUGACACUGUUGGAUCUCAGUGUGUAAAAAAGGUAAUGAAGGAAAAAGGUAUGAAGGGUAUUUGUCUUGUUGCUGCCAAUCACCACCACACACACACACACACACUCCACCACAACGGACCUGAAGGUACCGCUGACCUCUAGUGGGCUUUACAGCUACAGUGCACCUACAGUACUAUGGACAAAAUGAGGAAGAUCAAGCCACUCGAAAAUUACUCCAGCUAAAGAGAACAAUAAUAUAAAGACUUUAUAUACAGUACCAGUCAAAAGUUUGGAUGCACCUUCUAAUUCGAUGUUUUUUCUUUAUUUUUAUGAAUUAAAAGACACUUCAUGUAUCACAGUAA